UGCGUCUUUCUGUCUGCUUCUCCAGUUGCCUGGAGUCCGUCAUCCUGACAACAAAGGAUUUCGCGCGCUUUUUAAUUUCACGUCACAUUUAUAUAAUUUUUUUUCGUUUUAUUAAGAUUGGUCUAAGAUCAAAGAUCAUUUUGACUAGUCAGUUCUGGAUUUUAUUCUAAGUGUGCAAACGUUGUGGUUUUUGAUGGUUAAGAAAAAUUUAAAUAAACAUGUGCUCCUUAAAACUUGUCGUUUUUGUUUUGUUUGUGUCUAUGUAUUUGGAAGUAAAUGCGAAGCUAUCUGAUGGAGAAUCCAGCGAGGGCGCACCGGAAGUGCAGCAACCGCAUCAAAAACUGCCAAGGAUCCACAUGCCAGAAAGUGGAGCCGGGCCAGCGCUGAUGUUCGCUGACGAGCUGAAGAUCACACUCGAGAAGUAUCUUUUUGGGUUAUGCCCGCAAACCUUCAAGUCCCGUUGGUUGCAGACGCUGGCCAAGAAGAAUGGAACUAACCUCGUCACCUGCGACCUGGACCCGGAGCAGCAGGAUCUAGCUGGAAGACUGGCAACACUAGCGCUGCGCGCGCACUCUGCAUCGCGCACCGAUUGUUUGCGGUUCGGCUCCGCGCUCGCGAACACGCUCGGCGAGCUUGCGCGGACCGCGGCCAACAGAGCUGCGUUGAAUAUUUCAUCAAGCGAAGCGAAUAAAAAGCGAAAGCUAUCCAAGAGCCAGAAAGCGAAAAUCCAGGCGAAACAGCGUACGGCCCUCGCUGUGAAGAAGAAGGCGGCCGCCGCAGCCGCCGCCGCUGCUGCCAAAAUGGCGGCUUCCUAAAUUUACAUACAGUACCAGGGGCCCCAGUAUCAUUCAGUAUCCCUACAGUGGGGUACCCGGGCACCAGUUAUAAGGGGGCGCCGAAGCCGCUCGCAGCCUUUUUUAGGCGAUCGUCACAUUUUGACACAAGGAUGUGCCAAAUAUUGAUCACACACAGGUGCAAUAGCCAGUCCCUGCAUAACGACUUUAUCCCUUACGGGGUCGACAGAGCCGAGAUUCUAUUUAUUAAUAAUGAUAGGUUUUUAGCACAUAUGAGUCUGUGGUUUCUAGAUCUAGACCUAGUAAUAAAAUACGUGGCACGUCAUUGCGUCCACACCUUCUUUUUUUACACGAUGCGUACACGAUAUGGGAAAAAGAGACAAGAGUAUGUGCGUUAGUAAUGUGCCGUGUUUAUAUAUUUCGUGGUAGGCACAAGGUAUACCUACGAUCGCGUGAAAACAGAGAACGUGUGGACGCAACGACACGCUGCGUGUUUUGUUUCAUGGUCACAACUCUCGUGUUUACACAUUGUAAUAUUAAAUAUUAGUAAUAAUUAUGUAGCUAAGUAAACAAAUGGUACCUAUAAUAACACGCUUUUUUGUUUAAUGCUGUGAUCAAAAAUAAAUUAAUCAUAAAAUGUUAUUUUUAUACUAAAUAUUAAUUGGUAAGCACUUAGGUGAGUCUAUUACUUUAGAAUCACAUUUUUGUGUAUAAUUAAAACUAUACUUGUAUGAGAUUUGUAGAAUUAAUUAAUAUUUUUUUAAUAAAAUUGUCAACAACAUUCGUUUCAUUU